AUGAGUUCUGUUUGUAAAUGUGAUUGUGGUAAACUAAAUUCAUCAAUGAACGAUGUAAAUUGGAGUCGACAUAUUAACGCAUGUAAAGUUCGAAAAAUUAAAAGAAACUCGCAUGAUAUAAAAUCGUUUUUUUCUGGAAACGAGAAUAAAAAAAGCAAAUUGUUUCACCAAUUUCCUGAUGUAAAAAAUAAUCUUGUUGUUAAAAAUGAUUUAAAUGAAGACCAAAGUAUACUAGUUAAUAAAGAAUUUUUGGUUGAAUGUGAAUUUCAAAAAGACACUGAGAUAAACUCAGAUUUGAAAAAUAAAGUUCUUGCUGAUGUGGACAAUGAUUUAAACGAAUAUCACAGUCUACCAGUUAAUAAAGAAUCUUUGGUUGAAUGUGAAUUUCAAAAAGACACUGAGAUAAACUCAGAUUUGAAAAAUAAAGGUAUAUACCUACUUAUU